AUGCAUACUCAGCUCUAUAAAGGUCUACUUGCUGCCCUUUUGGCUGGGGCUGCUCAUGGCCACGGCUAUGUAGCUACCAUCGUCGCAGACGGCGUCACCUAUCCUGGCGGCCUUCCAUGGAGCGCCUCGGUCGAUGCAGUGGGCUGGGCUGCUGCCAAUCAGGACAACGGUUUCGUAGCUCCAGAUGCAUUUGCAACUGCCGACAUCAUCUGCCACAGGAGCGCCACGCCCGUGGACGACGCUGUGACAGUGAAGGCCGGGAGUACCAUCACGUUGAACUGGAACACCUGGCCCGAGUCGCAUCAUGGCCCAGUCAUUGAGUACCUGGCGCCUGUUUCUGGGGAAUUCGCCAGCAUCACCAAAACAAAUCUUCGGUGGACCAAGAUCGCCGAGAAAGGCCUGAUUUCGGGCUACAACCCUGGUGUAUGGGCUGCUGACCAGCUCGUGAGCAAUGGCUUCUCAUGGAAGUUCACGGUCCCCAGCAAACUCCGCCCCGGACGCUAUGUUCUUCGCCACGAGAUAAUCGCUCUUCACUCUGCCGGCCAAGUCAAUGGAGCUCAAGCCUACCCCCAGUGCAUCAACCUCAACGUCACUGGCAGUGGCUCAUCUACUCUUACGGGAGGAGACUUCACCACAUUCUAUACUCCCCAGGACCCUGGCAUUCUGUUCAACCUGUAUCAGUCAUUUUCCAGCUAUCCUAUUCCCGGCCCGGCGGUAGUAACUCUCUAA